AUGCCUGUCAACCUUCUACUCUUCCUCAUCCUCUUCCUCCCUGUGUGUCAUGGCUGCCACACUGGCUCCUUCACCGACUGCCAAAAGGCUCCGUUUGUCCCCGGCCACAACCUGGCCGGAGAGGGUUUCAACAUUGUCAAGAUGCAGACCUCCGGCGCCUUUGUGGUGGAUGUGCGGAAGUUCAUGGUCGGUGGGCACAAUGGUAACUGCACCCUGUGCACCAACACUCUGAUGGACAACCAGGUCCAGAAAUUACCGCUCUCCGUACUGGACUGGCGCACAAAGGUGACGUGUCGUCGGAGCCUCAGCAGCCAGAUGUAUGAGUCGAGCCUCUCCGUUCUGAAGGAGACCGCUAACUCUGCCAGCAUCAGCUGGAAGGUUGGCUUGGGAAUCAAGGGCAUUGCUGGGGUUGCUGUUGGAGGCACACACUCCAAAACUGCCAUGUUCGCAAAAGGCCACUCCACCAAAGACAAGUUCUCUUUCACCAGUCAUGAAUUCAAAUGCGAAUAUUACACCUUUCGCCUCCGAACCCAACCUCCCCUGAGCCAGGAGUUUCAUGACUCCCUAAAAAAACUCCCCUGCACGUACACUCAAAAGACCGCCCCUGCCUACAGCCACUUCAUCUCCAUCUAUGGUACCCACUACAUCCGCAAGGUGCACCUGGGGGGCCGGGUGCACUCCACCACAGCCAUACGCACCUGUGAGAUGGCCAUGAGCGGCCUCUCCCUCCAUUCUGUCAGCAACUGUCUGGGGGUGGAAGCCAGUGGCACCAUCAAGGGUGUCACGAUCAGCGCCGAGACCGAGUACUGCAAGUCCCAGAGCAAAAAACUGAAGACAGGCGCAAGCUUCGGAGCCACCUUCUCAGACCGCGUCACCGAAGUGCAGGGCGGCAACUUCGAGGAUGAGGACAUCCUCUUCAACCCUGACAAGAAGUCUGGCUAUAAAACCUGGCUGAAGUCCUUGAAUAAGGUCCCUGGUGUGGUCUCCUACCAGCUCAGCUCCCUGCACUUCCUGGCCAGAGACAACCCCAUCCUUAAGACCAACCUGCGCAAUGCCAUCAGAGACUACAUCCAAAAGUACGCUGUGUCCACCUCCUGCCCUUCUGCUUGCAAGACAGGGAGACGCAACAAAGACUGCGCCUGUACGUGUAGCGGUCACAGGAAUGUGGACUCCAACUGCUGCCCCAGUAAACCGGGCGUGGCCAGGAUGAAUGUGACGGUGGUCCGAGCUACGGGGCUCUGGGGCGACUACUUCUCUAAGACAGACGGCUACGUCAAGGUCUUCUACGGAAAGCAAGGCGGUUCCACUCCUGUGAUCUGGAACAAUGACUUCCCCUACUGGAACUAUAUGAUUCAGUAUGGAACGGUGGAUUUGAAUAGUAAACAAACCUUGUACUUUGAGGUGUGGGACCGCGACAACAGAUGGAACGAUAACCUGCUAGGAAAGGGCUCCAUAACCCCUCAAAGGGGCAUGAAAGUCAAUCAAGGGUUCAAGUUGAAACACGGCACACUUUAUGUCUCCCUGUCUGUGGUUUGUGGCCCCAGCCUUAAAGGAGCCUUCUGUCAUCAGUAUGCCCCCUCCCCUGGGUCCCAGGGUAGGCUGAGUUACGUCCAUGACUGGGACAGAGAGACAGAGACGUUACCCACCCUCUUCCAGGGUUCUCACAGUACCCGGAACAGGACCUUCCUGUGAACGGUGCCCCUCAUGUUAAAUGACUUACUUAAUUAUAAUAAUAUAAUAACAUAUGCCGUUUAGCAGAUGCUUUUAUCCAAAAGGACUUACAGUACAGUGCAUAUAUUUUAGAAUAUCUGACCCCAAGCGGGAAUCAAACCCACAACCUCUAACAAAUGCUCUUACCAUCUGAGCCUCAUAGGACGAUUUACUCCUCUUCACUCUCUGUGGAGCAUAAGGCCGCAACAACACAUGCCAUGCCAGGCGGUCCUUUGCCGUUUUCUCUCUGCUUCAUCUUUGUGACAUGAGGCUAAUGGUAAAUCAGUUUUUAAAAAUGCAUUAAAUCGAUAGGUCAACCAAUUAGCUUGCGUUGACAAGCUCCGUCUUUCCUUUCCAAGGCGAUAAAAUGAUUCAUUGCUUCAGGGUUGCCUCUACAUUCAUGUCUUUUUUCUUUCUGUCACAAAACUAAAUUAUUUCUCAAUAUUGACCUUUUUUUUUGUGUAUUUUUUGUUGUACAAUUCUAUGUAAUGUCUGAUACAUCCAAAUAGUUGGGGUUUCAGUAUUACUCGUAUAACUGUGACACACAAAAAAACUUCUUGAAAGUGAUGUGAGAGGAGGGAUUUAAGUCUACUUGCAGCCUGCAUGAAGAGGAACAUUACCCAAGUGCUUUUGCUGAUUCAUUACCACCCAGAUGAAGUGGGUGAGACCACUGACUCUGGAUGCGUCGCAAAUGGCAUCCUAUUCCAUUUAUAGUGCAUUACCUUUGACCAGGGCCCAUAGAGCUCUGGUCAAAUGUAGUGCACUAUAUAGGGAAUAGGGUUCCAUUUGUGACUCAUGCUCUGCAUUAGACCAAGGUAACAGGAACAUGACCACAUUCCUCAACUGACAUGACACUUGGCAAUAGCUGAGAAAGCAAAUGUGGCUUACAUACAGUAGGUCACUUACAUUUAGUU